CUUCUAUCAGACUGCCUCCUGAUACUAAACCCAGACCAACGAGUAUUUACACUCUUCACGCUUUCAUACGCACUUUUGUAGAUUUCAACAAAGCACUCCCAUCUUCGAAUAGAGAAUUGUUACCAUGCUGACAACAGCUACUCGCCCGCCAUGUCCCCCUCUACAGCACACAGAAACCCCUUUCAUCCUCCAAAUCGACGGCUCCACCGACGAGAAGUUAGAUGUCUGUUUCACACCCUCCCACACUUCAAUCGACGCGCUCCCCGGGCCCACCUCCGCCCGCCGCGCUCCCGUCGAUGAGCUUGUUGCCGGCUACCCCCGCCUCGCAGGCUUCAUGAGCCUAGCCCCCGAGACUGUGAUUUUGAGACGCUUCACCGCGCUAAACAUUCAGAAUCUGCUGUAUCUACAAGCAGAGUUGAAGCAUCUCGAGACCGAGUUAAGGGCACAAGAGAAGUUUGACGCGCAGACAGAGAAGGGGAAGAGGCAGAUGUAUGCACGGGAUUGGUUUUGGUUGAGUAUGAGCGAGGAGGAUGAGGAUGGGAGACAGUGGGGGAUCGUGAAGAGGAUGCGAGGGGUGUUGAAGGAGUAUAAUGAAGCACUCCUCCAACAACAAAGCCUCGCCAAGCUCCAAACGCCGUCGAAAUCCGCCCUCCGAACCGUGCAAGACUGGCUCGCUCGCCCAACCGACGGGAAUUACUCUCUCAUCGGCCGUGACUGCCGCAUCUGGGGCUACCGCUUCACGACCACCGACCAAGCCCGUGACCUCAUCAACCCCCUCGCCAACCGAGAGGACCGCUUCUCCGCCCACCUCCUCUCCUACCUCCUCCCCACCUCCAAAACAUCCACGGCCUCCCAAUCCCUCCCCUUCCUCCGCGAAUCUGCCCUCGAGGCCCAGCUCCAGCGCUGCUCGGUCAUCUGCCGCAUCACCGCUAUCGUAACCGCAGUGAUCGCGUCGUUGUUGCCGGUCGUGUCGGUGGUGAUACUGUAUUCGCUGAGUAGUAUGAAGGCGAGGCUGGGGGUAAUGGCGGGGUUUGAUACGCUUUUUGCGUUUUUGUUGGCCGGGUGCGCGACGGUGAGGCGGGGGGAGGUUUUUGCGGCUACUGCUGCGUUUGCGGCUGUGCAGGUUGUUUUUAUUGGGACGAGUGGGGGUGGGAAUGGGAAUGGCAUGGGUUAAGGGGUACUUUAAUGGAAGGUUGCGAAAGUUGAGGACGUUGGGCAUAUUUGGGUCUCUACAGUACCGAGAUGUAACGUUAAGUAUACAGGUGUCCUCAUCCCCACCACUCACGAAUACUUCUUCCCCGGCAGCACCUGCGACAUUCCCGGCUGGUCAUUGAACACCAUCUGCACCUUAUCCUCCGAAUCCGCCCUGACCUUGACUCUUUGCUUCCACAACGCGCUCGUCUUGACUCCCGCGCCCGUAUUCUCCAACUCUGACGGCGGCUGCGAGUUCAUCGUCAGCGCUACGAGUUCUUGCAGAGAGCCCCAGCUGCGGAUAGACGUUACCUCCCGCUUGAAGUUCCGGACGACAGCUGCGUGGAUAAUGUGUAGUAGUAUGAUAGCGAUGUAGACAUAAAUUGCAACCAUGGAGAGAACAUUUACAGUAUUCCUCGAGCCGUAUGCGUAGCCAUAGCGGUC